GCCCGGCUCAACCUCUCGUCACGUGGCGCUAGGCAGCCCGGGCGGAGAUCUCGCGGGUCGGUUCGCUCGGCGCACACAUACUACACGGUCGCGUGUUGGGUCGCUGGAAAUAUGAGAACUUCCGCUUCAGCCGGAGGGCCCAGCGGUGCUUAGGCCGCGCCCGCCGGGGCCAGGCUGGGGAGAUCCGCGAUGCGGUGGCGGCUGCGCGACCUACUGCCGCUGCAGUCGCCGCUCCUCCUUCUCUGGCUUCUUCCGGGCUUUCUCUGGGUGGCGGCUUCUCCCGACCCGCGCUCCACGCCGCGGCCACCGCUCUCGACCCCUGCGUGGCCCUCUCCCGGCGGUGCUCUCGCGGCCGCGGGCAGUGCGAGCAGCGGCAAUGCGACCAGCAGCCUGGCCGCCGCGGCGGCCCCCGCGGCUGACUCCCACCCGCGUGUGACCCAACGCACCCUGUCGGUGCUCGUCUUGGCCAGCGCCGCCCUCAUCGUCUACUUCGUCAUCCGGACUGUGCGACUGAGACGAAGAAACAGAAAAACGCGGAGGUAUGGUGUACUGGAUACUAACAUAGGAAAUAUGGAGUUGACACCAUUAGAACAAGAUGAUGAUGAUGAUGAUACAACACUGUUUGAUGCCAAUCAUCCUCGAAGAUAAGUAUGUGCCUUUUGGGAAAAGAUUUCAAUCGUGGAGCAACAAAAGAAGGUUGUACAGAUGGAAUAAGAAGCCUUUAUCAGGGUUGGGAGUAUAUAAAUUAUAUAUAUAUAUAUCUAUAUAUGGCACCCUUAGUUGGAUGCAAUAAACUGUAACAUUUUACUGUACCUUUGUAUAUACAGAAAUAUUUUACGUUCAGAGACUAUGGAAAUUGUGCACUAAACUUUAAACCUAAUUUAAACAGGGUAUUUUCUGCUUGAGUUAAUUCUGUAUUGUGGUCUCCCCUUCAGGAAUACUAAACUGAAAUAUUGCACAUUUGUGAUUUUUUUUGGCCAACCUGAUUUUUAAAAAUAUGUUUAACAUGGCGACUUUUUUCUGUGAACUCUCUCCACCUACAAUUUCAUUUAAUAGAGAUGUCUUCCCUGUUUUGAAAUACCAAAUCUAAUUACUCACGUGUCUGAGUUUUUCCUUUUGUAAACUAGAUGUGGGUUAUUGGAUAUUCACUGUCAUGAUACAAAUAAAUGUUCAGAGUAUUCCUAGCA